AUGAGGUUUGGAAUACAUUUACUUGGAAAUUUUAUUUUACUUGUGUUGAAGGUUUUUGUUGGAAUCUGUUUUAAAUUAAUUCAUCCGCAGCAAAUAGUUCUUCCUCGUGAAAUAAGAAAAUGUAAUAAAACCAAUGCGUUACCUUGUGUAAGAUCGGGCACUUCCUCACCAAAGGAAUUCAAGGAGACGGAAUUAGAUUUGUUAGAUUCUGAAAGUAAUGUCAAAUGUGAGUUAGUCUCAAAAAUUAUAAUGGCUAAGGACAUCACAGACAUAGUUCAUGCACAUGGAUAUCUUGUGCACGAGCAUGUUGUGAGGACUAGAGAUGGUUACCUUCUCUCUAUUCAUCAUAUCCUGAAGAAGGGGGCGUCUGGUUUUGUCAAUAGACCUGUUGUUUACUUACAUCAUGGACUUUUGACUAAUAGUGAAUUGUUUGUUCUUGGUGAUACAACAUCCAGAUGUCUUCCAUUCCGCCUCAUAGAUGAGGGCUAUGAUGUUUGGUUAGGUAACAACAGAGGCAAUAAGUAUUCCCAAAAGCACUUGAAAUAUUCAACAAAAGAUGAUAGCUUUUGGGAUUUUUCCUUGGAUGAAUUUGCCAUUUUUGACAUUCCUGACACAAUCGAUUAUAUUCUAAAGAUAACUAAACAAAAUGAGCUCAGUUAUAUUGGAUUCAGUCAAGGCUCUUCUCAAGCGUUCGCUGCCUUGUCACUAAAUCCGGAUCUUAACAGUAAGGUCAAUCUCUUUGUUGGCCUCUCUCCUGCUAUGAUACCUAAAGGGCUCAAUAACAAAAUUUGCUCCUACUUUAUCAGUUCUGCACCAUCAAUGCUGUUCAAGCUGUUUGGUGAGCGCUCGAUUGUGCCUUCUGUUGUUUUUUGGCAACGACUUUUUGGCCCUCAAUUAUAUGAGAAAGUUGUGGAUGCCUCACUCUCCUUCCUAUUCAAUUGGCAUAUUCAAAACAUUUCAACAUUGCAGAAAUUCAUUGGCUAUCCCCACAUGUUUUCCCCUACUUCCGUUAAAUCGGUCGUACAUUGGUUUCAAAUCAUUGGAAGCAGUAGGUUCCAGAUGUAUGAUGAAUGCGGAUGUUCUGGUUCUAAGUUAGUUUAUCUUAGCGGUGCUGCGGAAAAAGCGAACCGUGUUGCUCCGUUUCCAACACGGAAUAUAACAACGCCAAUGUUAUUAAUAUGUGGCCAAUCAGAUAUGUUAAUUGAUAUGGAUAAACUCCGUGCACAGGUUAUAGCACCAAUGGAAGUGAUCAAUGUUCCUGGUUAUGAGCAUAUGGACACCCUUUGGGCUAGAGACGUUGAGAGUACUGUUUUUGAUAAGGUUAUCAAAAAGCUAGAGAUCUACACUAACAAAAUUUCCAAGAAACGAGUUAUCAACUUAUAG